AUGUUCACGUUUAAAAAUAACAACCAAAAAAAACUUCAUGACAUAGAAAAGUCAAUCGGUGAACAAAAACAUACAGCUAACAAAACGCAUUCUGUUUACGCCAACAUUACUCCUUCAGAUCAUGGACUUGGACGAGGAAGUUCAACGCUUACGCCGAGUCAAGAAGGCCAUUCCGCCGCUUCCCGACCCAUACACGCUGUACAACAAGAUGGUACACAAAAGCAUGCAACUACGUGUAGCGACUCGCCUUAUGAGGGACCUAUUUCGUCGUAUUCAGGACUUGAAAAUAUCCAAAAAGACCCAAAAGAACGCUGGGCGCAGUUAAAAUUGUUAGAAACCCUGAGGGAAAAGGCAUGGGCUGAAUUUACGCCUCUACGUACAGAGGUCUGCACGCUAUUCGCCCUUGUGCCAUUGACAAUCGCCUUAGAGAUGAUAUCUGAAGGCGAUUGGAACACCUUGAUCAACAAGCCACAACGAGACGACAGACGAAAACCGCUUGUACUGGAUCAAAACCAGCUGGAGCAUGUAAUCUCGGACCAGUUGGACAUUCUUGAAGAGUACAGCUCGACGCUGGCUGAGCUGAGACACGAAAUCAAAGACGAGGAAGUUCACCAGGAAGAGAAAUUCCAGCAAACCGUGCUAUCAGCCUUGACGGAAGUCAGAGAACCAGUGAAAGUUGGAUUCCAAAGCAUUCUUCCGGGCAACGAUCACAACUGUCUCGAGGAAUUGAAAACGAUUGUUCAAAACGAGACGUCGGAAAUUCAAGAGCUCAUCGCUUCGGGCAUAGACCACGUGCGCAACGCAGUUACCGACGCCAUUAGGAAACCGUCUCCACCGGCAGCUUCGGAAGACGCUAUAGACGAUGGUGGAGACGAUAGCAACGGCGAGGGGGGCACUGAGGUGCUUCAGUCAGAGCCGGACCCCCUGAGUAAGCGGAGUUUAUCCAGCAGAAUGCGGAAUUUACGGGAAUGUCGCAGUAGACGAGGAGCAGAAGAAUACGAGGCUAUGAUGUGGCAGCGCAGACGCCAAAUAGAUAGAGAGAUCUUCGACGCUUACGCAGAAAUUGAGGAACUCGACAAUCUCAUCGCUGAACUCAAAAGAGAACCUAAAUGUGAACCCAGGGACAUCAGCCGAGGGGUCAUAAGACGCUGGACAAAAGAACGAUUUGUUGUGUUUUUUGCCGGGGAAUCGGAGAACACUAUAGCGAUUCUUGCGAGAUUUACAAGGAAAGCUCAGUGCGCAGAUCGAUACUGA